CCCAGGCAGAGGCGAGCCAGGCGUGUGGAAUUCUUCCCCAGAGGCAGCGUCCUGUCCUGUCCACCAUGUCACCCAAGAAAGCCAAGAAGAGGGCGGAUGGGGCCAACUCCAAUGUGUUCUCCAUGUUCGAGCAGACGCAGAUCCAGGAGUUCAAGGAGGCCUUCACCAUCAUGGACCAGAACCGGGACGGCUUCAUCGACAAGAACGACCUGAGAGACACUUUCGCCGCCCUGGGACGAGUGAAUGUGAAGAAUGAGGAGAUUGACGAGAUGCUCAAGGAGGCCCCGGGGCCCAUCAACUUCACUGUGUUCCUCACCAUGUUUGGGGAGAAGCUCAAGGGUGAGCUCACCGUGUGUGUCCCACGCCUGGGUCUGCAUCCCGGGGCACUAGGACAGGUGGGGAGGUGACGUCUGGAGGGACAG